AUGCAAAAAGCUAGUAUGGUUCGAUCAGUACAAAGUUUGUGGUUGCUUUAUCGGUGGGAGAAAAAGAGGCUUAAGACUGAAAUCGAGAAAAAGAGGCGUAAGACUGAAAUCGAGAAAAAGAGGCGUAAGAUUGAAUUCAAUUAUUCCCACGAAACCAGAAAAAGAAAAGCAGAGAUCACGUCGCGUGUGGAGAUCAACGCCACAGACUCAGCCACCGACGAAGUUCGGAGCUGGAAUCUUCAGGAACUUGACAGAGCAGCUUUGUCACGUCCGUUGGAUGAAACUCAACAGAGUUGGUUACUGGGUCCCAUUGAACAGAAGAAGAAGUAUGUAGAUCUGGGUUGUAUCAUUGUUAGUCGCAAGAUCUUCGUUUGGACUGUUGGAAUGAUUGUUUUUGCUGCUUUUGUUGAUGGUUUUGUUACUCUUAUUGUUAAAACUGUUCCUCGUCAUCAUCAUAAACAUCCUCCUCAUGAUAAUUAUACACUUGCGCUUCAUAAGGCUCUUAUGUUCUUCAAUGCCCAAAAAUACCUGAAUGACACAUCAGGAGUUAAAUCGGUGAGUGGAAAGAAGAAGUUCAUGAAAAAGCUAAAGUGAAUAAAAGGAAAAGUUGGAGAUAAGAAAGAGGAUUUUGUAGGAUGGGGUUCAAGAAGUCUCAUUAAGAAAAAGGAUUUUCUUGAAGAUAUUAAUAGAGACACAGCCAAAGAACUUUCUGUACACGAUGUUGCUUCAAUUAUCAUUGAGUACUGCAAUAGUAACAAGCUAUUUGACCCUUCGAAAAAGCGAAAGAUCAUAUCUGAUGAAAAGUUAAGGACUUUAUUAUAGAGGAAGUCAGUGAACAAA